AUGAGGUGGAGUAACAAGCGCUCUGUCAUCGGGGACCUCGAAGGCUGUGAAGUCGUCCGCGUCCUCGUGGGCGAGGAACAACGCGAAUUCACCCUCCACCGCAAGCUCCUCUGCGACAGCUGCACCUUUUUCAGAACCAACAUCGAGGCCAUCCCCACCCCCUCCCCUUCCAGCGCCUCCAGUUCAGAACAAGAUGAAGAAGACUCAGUCCUAUGGCUCCCCUCCGAAGCACCAGACAUGUUCGAAAUCUUCGUCCUCUGGCUCUACCAACGCCGCCGCUUCCACACCUUCAUGGACGACGUGAUCCGCACCAUCUCGCCCGACGAAUGCCGCGCCGUCCGCACCAACCUCGUCCGCCUCCACCUCUUCGCCGCGAUAAUCGACCUCCCCGGCCUCCAAGACCUAGCCAUGGACGCCCUGCAGGACAUGUACCUCCGUUUCGACUGGGACAUGUCCCCCCGCUUCUUGGCGUUCAUCUACGGCGACUGCGACCCCGAACAUGCGGUCAGGCUCAGAAAAUGGGGAGUGGCAAUGCUAGCCUGGACGCUCCACGGCGCGGAGAAGGCGUUCCUGUUAAACAACCAGAUCGACAAGCUGUUUGCUGCUUUCCCGCAGCUAAAGGCGGAUUAUCAGCUUCAUUUGGAAAAGAUGCAGCAGAGCAGGGCGGACGUGAGGUUGAAGAACCCGCAGUUGCGGCUGCCGGCCAACAAACUGAGGAGCGGGGAGAGGUUUUUUGGGUUUAGGCAGUGCACGUUUCAUAGUCACCGGGCGAUGGUGGGGGAGGGAACCUGUCCUCACACGUUGGAGAUGCAGAGGAGGCCGGAGGGGAGGCAGUCGGCUACUUGGUUUGGGAGGAGGGAGAGUCAGUAUCAUCGGGAUGUGGGGAGUCUUGGCCGUGCCGGUGGCGGUGGGAAGGGGAGGAAGGGUGGGGAUGAGGGGAUGGGGAUGGGGAGUGAUGAGGAGAGUGAUGAUGAUGAUAAUAUCAUCAGUCCGGUGGGGGAUUUGGAUUUGAAUGAGAUGUCUUAUUUGGAUUUGUCAUGA